CGUUUGAUUUGAGUUAAUAUUAGGCAAUAAUUGGCAACACUUUGACUAUUAGUGAAACAUUGAAAGGGAUUUGUAAAUCGGUUUCGCAUUGAAUCAGCAAAAUGGGUAACGUCUUGGCCGCCGCCUCACCCCCACCGCCCCUCCCAUCAGGUCUGUCGCCCCCACCGCCGCCACAAUCGCCAGGCGAUGGUCCGCCCAAACCUCCCGACACCGCCGCCGACGACUCGAAUCCCGGAUCGAUGGAAGAGUUGCAUAAGAAGUGCAAAGAGGUGUUUCCCAUGCCUUUCGAUGGCGCCCGAGUGGUGAUCACUAAAGGGCUGAGCAAUCACUUCCAGUUGAGUCACACCAUCAGUAUGUCCAACGGUGUGACAAUUCCGGCCGGUUAUCGGUUCGGCGCCACAUAUAUCGGCACCAAACAGACGUCGCCCACAGAGGCGUACCCUAUAGUGUACGGAGAGAUCGAUCCGUCGGGUAAUAUGACGUCAAGAAUCCUGCAUUUGGUCGGCGAUCGCGUCAAACUGCAAAUCGGCGCUCAGAUACAGGACGCCAAGUGUGUGAUGGCUCAGCUCACCACUGACUACAGGGGCCGCGACUUUACCGCAUCGCUCACGUUAGGCAACAUUGACUUAAUUAACUCGUCCGGAGUGGCAGUACUUCACUAUUUGCAAAACGUUAGCCGCAGAGUAGCCCUCGGAGGCGAACUCGCCUAUCAAUACGGACCACAAGUGCCCGGCAAUGAAAUCGCCGUACUAUCACUGGCCGGUCGUUAUUCCUCUCCCAAUAGCUUUACAUUAAGCGGAACUCUAAGCAGUUCUGGCGCUCAUCUCUGCUAUUAUCAAAAGGGAGGCGAAAAUAUUCAGGUCGGAGUAGAAGUGGAGACAAACUUACGAAUGGCUGAAAGUACGGCAACGUUUGGAUAUCAGGUCGAUCUGCCGAAAGCCAAUCUCCUAUUCCGAGGAAUGGUUGACAGCAAUUGGACGGUCGGCGGUGUCUUAGAGAAGAAACUACUGCCCCUUCCGUUCACGUUUGCACUGAGCGGACAAAUAAAUCAUAUAAAACACGCGACCAGAAUCGGUGCCGGACUUUAUUUAGGAUAAUAGUUAUUCAAUUAGAUUACAUUUCACUGGUAGUCAUAGAAAGUCAUUAACAGUUAUAUUUUAGCGUU